AUGCACGAUGAGUCGCUGGCCUAUGCUGGACUGGCACAGGACCAUCAGCAGGAGCACAAGCAUAUAGACAAGAGGAGCUUGAGCUAUAUUGUCCGUUCAGGCGUCGCAGGUGGGUUUGCUGGAUGUGCUGCAAAGACUGUUGUUGGACCUCUCGACCGCGUCAAAAUCCUCUUUCAGACCUCGAAUCCGCAGUUCGCGAAAUAUACAGGUUCAUGGCUAGGCCUGUUCAGAGCGUUACGAGAUAUCAACCAAGCGGAGGGAGUGCGAGGCUUAUUCCGUGGGCAUUCAGCGACACUGUUGCGCAUCUUUCCUUAUGCUGGGAUCAAGUUCCUGGCCUACGAGCAGAUUCGAAAUAUUCUAAUACCUAACAAGGCUAUGGAAACACCCAGUCGCAGAUUUGCGUCUGGCUCGCUGGCAGGCUUAACGUCCGUCUUCUUUACAUAUCCGUUGGAAGUCAUACGUGUGAGAAUGGCUUUCGAGACGAAGAAGAGUUCAAAGGCAUCGCUCACGAAAACGUGUCGACGUAUCUAUUUCGAACAGCCUCCCGGACCCUUGGUUGCUGUGAAUAACAAUGGACAUGGGUCAAGUCCAGCUGCGACAGUAUCAGAGGUGGUGCAUAAAGUAGCGCCCAGGUCUGGUCUAUCCAAUUUCUAUCGAGGUUUCUCGUCAACUUUGCUAGGCAUGAUACCCUAUGCGGGAAUGUCAUUCCUCACCCACGAUGCUAUAGGCGACCUUUUUCGCCUACCUCAGUUAGCCCCAUACACUAUCAUGCGGGGCUCGAAAGAUGCAGCGAUCACGACAGAGCGUGGUACAAACACAAAGCGCGCACAGCUGACUGCUCCGGCUCAAUUGGCAGCAGGCGCAAUAGCAGGACUUGUUUCACAAACAUCAUCAUAUCCCCUUGAGGUUAUACGCAGAAGAAUGCAGAUAGGUGGCGCGGUUGGAGAUGGACGUAGAGCGGGCAUUGUUGAGACUGCGACACGCAUAUUUGUGGAAAGGGGAUUUAAAGGGUUCUUUGUUGGGUUAACAAUUGGGUACCUAAAGACUGUGCCUAUGACUGCGACCAGUUUUUACGUCUACGAGCGUGGGAAAUGGAUUUUUGGAAUAUGA